ACCAUCGAACACUUUUUGGCCAUUGUGCACACUGCUGUUUUCUGCUUGCCGAUUUUGUUUAACUUAUUGCACAUAUUUGUUUAUAUGUGGAAUGUCAAAUUACUGGAAACCGCAAAAGCCAAAGAGUGAAAAAUGCGUAUCUGCAUGGUGUCGGACUUCUUCUACCCGAGCAUCGGGGGGGUCGAGGAGCACGUCUACAACCUUUCGCAAAUGCUGCUCAGCUUGGGUCACAAGAUCGUCGUGCUGACCCACGCCUACGGGGACUGCAGUGGCAUUCGCUAUGUGACUGGCUACCUUAAGGUCUACUAUCUGCCCAUUAAGGUGUGUUACAACCAAUGCAUACUGCCCACCGCUGUCUGCAAUGUGCCGAUGCUGCGAGCAGUGCUCGUCCGGGAGCGCGUGGAAGUGGUCCACGGCCACUCUGCCUUCAGUGCUCUGGCCCACGAGGCACUGAUGGUGGGCUCCCUGCUGGGACUAAAGACUGUCUUCACCGAUCACAGCCUUUUUGGCUUUGCGGACUUGUCAGCCGCUCUUACCAACAAUCUGCUCGAGGUCAACUUGGGGAUGGUCAAUCACGCCAUCUGUGUAUCUCACAUAGGGAAGGAGAACACUGUUUUACGAGCUCGAGUAGCCAAAAAUCGAGUUUCCGUCAUUCCCAAUGCAGUGGACACCGCCCUGUUUACUCCUGAUCCUCAACAGCGACCGAGCAAUGAUAUAAUCAACAUUGUAGUGGCAUCGCGUCUGGUCUACCGCAAAGGAAUAGAUUUGCUAGCUGGCAUCAUUCCACGGUUCAAAAACACUCCUAACGUAAACUUUAUCAUUGUGGGCGAUGGACCAAAGCGUGAUCUGCUGGAGGAGAUUCGCGAAAAGACCAAUAUGCAGGAGAGGGUUCAGAUGGUGGGCGCCGUGGAGCAUGACAAGGUUCGCGAUUUCCUGGUGCGGGGCCACAUCUUUUUAAAUACCUCACUAACUGAGGCCUACUGCAUGGCCAUCGUUGAGGCUGCUUCCUGUGGAUUGCAGGUGGUAUCCACCAGUGUGGGCGGAAUUCCCGAAGUACUGCCCCAGAGCCUUAUACUGUUGGCAGAGCCCGAAAUUGAUGCCAUUUACGCUGCGAUUUUAAUUGCCAUCGACCGACAUCAAAAGAGUUCCUUUAAGGUUAGUCCUCCAGUUGCCAAUGGUCAUCUACCUUCGGAUGCGAAUGGAAAGGUUAAGCGGCGACGUCGCAGGAAAGCGGAUACCCCUACCUAUCCUUCACAAUUGCCAUCAUCCUCUGCUCCUCCUGCGGAUCAGAACAGCCCUGCUGAGCCCGUUAUGUGUCCAUACAGAUGCAAUGAGUUGGUGGAAACACUCUACAACUGGGAGGAUGUUGCCCUCCGCACAGUCAAAGUAUACGAUCGCGUUUUACAAGAACGCUCUUUCACCACUAGCGAGCUGGUAUUUGCGGUGUGGCAGCACGGCUCCUGGUUCCUUGUAUUCUUUGUUGUGGCCCACUUCUUGAUGCGCCUACUGGAGCUUUGGCGACCUCGAAAACGCGUUGAGCUAGCGCAGGAUAUACAACGCACGCCCAGCUAGCAAAGACCGAACGGAAUACAUUCUUCCAAUAACUAGCCAAUUAUAUAUUUAUACGUUAGA